UCGAAUCGUUGGGCUAUUUGAAAGGAAUUCAAAUGUGUAACAGCAAAAUGCUGCAAAGUAUAUUAAUAAAAAUAUUAGAUAGCAUUUCUUUUAAAUAUCCUAUUAAACAUGCCAUGAAGAAAGCUUGAGAUAGCUGUGUUUAGAAAUACUAAAUCUUCACAAUAGUUGGACUAUCAAACUCAAACUCGCUGUUAAUAAACAAUUAGAUUCUUAAUGUGAAGUACUACUAAAUUCUCAAGAUUGAUAACAAACAGUUGUAUUUAUAACACGUCUAAUAGCUUUUCAUUUUUUUUUUCAUUUUCAUUUUCUUUUUCUUGUUUUUACUUUAUUGAAAUCUGAUUUCUGUUAUGAUUUUAAAAUUUAAAUCAAAAGUUUUCAAUUCACUGUCAUUGAGCGAAGUGGAGAAUAUCUUUUUUCAAGCUUGCGACGAAGCCAUUUUAACAUUAGCACCAAUAGAAAAGGAUCAAUUGAGAGAAAUGUAUCAAGUAAAUCAAAACAGUUUCAACAAACAUAAGACCAAUAACCCUAACCAAGAACGAAUUAAAAACCCAUUAAUUAAUGGGAACAUUACAAUUAACAAUCUUGAUAUCUACCGACCCUUACAACAUGAAGAAGAACAAAAUGCAAUGAAAUUAGCUAGAAAAGCAGGUAACAUUGGAAUGAUUAAUGGUAGGGAUUCUACAAAGGAUAUUCUUUUAUUAUUGAAUUCUAAUUUCAAAAAAAGCUUUGGAGUUAUUUAUCACAAUUUAUUUCCUCAACCUGAGAUGUUGAAAAAUUUCCAAACAGAAGAAAUAAUAAUUGUUGUAUUCAAAGAGUUCUUAAGAUUGAAGUACUUUAACCCCACAGCACUAAAUUUAACGUAUAAUGGCAAUUCAUCAAAAUUUUCUAGUGAUGCCUUGCAUUUCAAUUACGAUGAAAAAAGAAGCUGGAAACAUUUAGUCAUAUCGUUCACUUACAUUCAGAUGAAACCUGAAGAGAAAAACGCUAUUAAAAAAUGGGUUUCUGAAAAACAGCAGAUGUAUAACAGUGAAAACAUUGAUCAUAAGUAUCAAACAAAGGAUUUCCCAUUGGAUUUUUCAGAAGAAGAAGCUAAACUAUUUUUGAAUUACUAUGAUACCCCAAGAUGGAAAGUAAAUUACAAAUUCCUUUGUAAAAUGAUCAAUAAUUUGAUAAUGAUUAAUCAAAAAAGUUCAUCAAAUACAUCAAUUAGUGGUGGUGAGUCAUUUACUGAUUUCGAACGAUCUAGCAGAGAAACAGACAUGGAGAUAAACAAAAGGAUUAUAAGCCAGCUGAGUAUCAAAUUCUAUCAAAGAUAAAGAGUGGAUAGUAGAUUAAUCUCAAAAUAUUUAAACAAUAUUAUUAGAUAUAGGUAGAUAUGGUAUAUAGCAUUUGAAAUAAACCCACAAUUGUUUAUAUCUGC